GAAAGUGUGCUGGAAACGUUCAGAAGAAGAAGAAAGAGGACGCGAGCUUGUGUAGCAAUGCAGUGCAUAAAUGUGUUGUGGAUAACGUGAGUUGUAUUGAAAAACGUGUUGAACUGUGUGUCUUUUUUCCUCGGACCAGACUGAGUGUGGAAGUCAGUCGCGUUUUCUAUAUUCGCGCAACGUGGAAAUGGACGAAGCACUUGUUCGAGCCACAAUCCCUCAUGAUCUGGAAAAGGUUCUUGGCGUUGAGUCCCAACCCAACUCUAAAGCCGAAGCCUUCACCCAGGCGUUUCUGAAGAACAGCAUUCAGCAGCACACACGACAUGACGUGAAGAGUCUGCUGAGUCACAAGGCUGUCAUACUUGGCUACACCAGGCCCAAGAAGGACAAGUCGGAGACGAACAGAAAGAAAGCCAAAGGACUGACUGCUCAGCAGAAGAGGGCGAUGAACAUCUUUCAGAUCAAGCCGGAGCACCAGAGAUACAAGCUUUUCCUGCCUCUGCAUGAACUGUGGAGACAGUACAUCAUUGACAUGUGCAGUGGAUUGAAACCUACCAGCUGUCCGCAGUUUGUGCAGCAGAAGCUUCUGAAAGCAGACUUCCAUGGUGCCAUCAUGACAGUGGUCCGGUCUAAAUGCCUGUCAUAUGUGGGGACUACAGGGAUUCUAAUCCAAGAGUUCAAACACGUCUUCAAACUCAUUACCAAAGAAGACAAACUGAAAGUGAUCCCUAAGCGGAACAGUGUGUUUGCAGUGGACAUCAAUGGCUUUGUCUCCCACAUCUAUGGAAGCAAGUUUGAGCAGCGAGCAAGCGAACGCUCUGCCAAGAAGUUCAAAGUGAGAGGAACCAUCGACUUGUGAUGGCGCCAAGCGUCAGUUCACGACUCAGUGUGGCUCGCCAAAGACUUUCACUUCCCUCUAUUGGCAGUCAAAGGAACUGAAACAACAAUGUUGUAGCAGUGUGAGGCCGUGGCAUUCUGGUCUUUUACUGCAUAUGAGACCAUAAAACCACAUCUGACAAGUUAUACUUCAGCUUUUAGUUAAAAUGGGUAUCACUUUUAUUUUAAAGGUGAACUCAACCAUUUUUUCUCACUUGUGAUCAGUUUAUUUGGGGUAUACUUAACAGCCUGUGAAAGUUUUGUAAUGCCUUUUGUGUUUUUCCCUGCUAAAGUCUGAGAAAACAGCCCUGCAUUACAGAAAGUGUAGGAUCCAGUAUUUUGGGAGACUCUGAUGUCGGGGGGGAGAGGAUUCCUUUGCUUUGGUCAGUCUUUUUAUAAUCCGCAGUGCCUUACAAAUCUCUCAACUUUUUGAAAGUGUAAUUAAUUUGCCAAAUUGCCCCUUUAAGGAGCUCCGUAACACUGUAGAAACGCUGAGGCAGCUGCAGGUGUGUGUUGUUUGACAGGUUGUUGUUAAAAAUCAGUAGGAGUGUCUGAGGUUCCCCACCCAGGCUUCCUGGCAGUUGCUGUUUUUGUGUGAUGAAAAUGGCGCCCCUGAUAAUAUCCUGUUAUCAGUAAAUCUGUGCUCUCUGUGACAGGGCUGGGAUGAUGCACCUCCCUUUGUUCCAUUUUGUCCUGUGCAAGUGUUCGACAUUUCGGAGUGAUAAGCAAAAGCAACUUUUCCACACUGUCUUAAGAAAAAGCAUCAAGUUCCUGGCCAUAUUUUUAGUUUUUGACAAGAUAUGUUGAUCUUGAAAUGUUUUUUGCUCAGGAUUUCAAACAGAUGCUUCACUUAUGACUUUUUGCAGUUUGUAUAUAUGUUAUUUUGGAAGAGAAUACUGCUGAAAGAAACUGUCACAGAAAUUCUUUUUGGUAGCAAGACCAAAAUUUUGUUCUCUUAUCAGCCAUUAAGUUUCAAACAGCACCCCUCUCUGAGCUUCAGUACCUGCUGUAGUGGUAUUCUCUGGUUAAACCUUUGAUUGAGAGCAAAAUGGUAGUAAACCAGUAAAAGACAACACGGGCCAGCCUUCGCUCCUCACCUACAUCAGUGAACCAUGGCUGCCCAUGAUGUUGCCAGGUCACCGGUUUUCCUUCCUUGCCUCACCUUUGGUAGGUCCUGACUGCUGUGUACCAGGAACCAGGAGCUGCAGUUUUAGAGGUGUUUGGCCCAGUUAUCAAGCCACCACAAUUUUUCUGCAUCCAACACAUAAACUUCAAGGACAAAAAAUUUGUUUGUUAUUCAAUUGUUAUUCACUUCACCUUCCAGUGGUCAUAAUUUUGUUUUAUUAUGUAAUGUAUAUUGUAUAGUACAGGACAGAUGUGUUUGUUUACACCUGUUCUGUCAUUAGGAAACAUGCAAGAUUUCCAUUUUUGUAACAGUAAAUGUGAAACAUGGUGGGCUAUAAGCUGUCUGAAUACAAAUACAUACUGUAAGCUGGAGAACUGGUGUGGUGUGGAUGAUUAUGUAGAAUAUGCAUACAAUCUGCAGGAUUUCCAGUGACAGUAAAUGAUGAUACCCCCAUGCUAAAAAUAAUGCUGUAAUAAAAUAAUUCAAUGGAA